UGCUGUCAGGGCCAGGAGGAGGAGCCCGGCCGGCCGGCUGCGUUAAGUGGCACUGAGCUUCGGGGAGGGAGCCGAGGUGUGCCCAGCUGCGCGUGGGUUUGGGAGGUAUGGCAUUGGAGAAAGAGAAGACCAAAUCAUCAGAGGCUUGAGGACGCAGAUGGUUGCCAGUCCUGCCAUGCCACACAAGCGCCAGCGUUGACCUGAGAGAGCAGCGGGUGCCGGCACUGGGUGGAAGCCACCUCCCCUGGCAGCAGCAGAGGCUCAGCUUCAGACCGUAGCACUGCAAAGGAGAAACUCAGACAACUUUUCUCAAUGACUCUAUAGCCAACUAAUGUAACAAUGGUACUAAUAUUGGGACGCAGACUGAAUAGAGAGGAUAGUGGGAUACGAGAUUCCCCUGCAACCAAGCGGAAAGUUUUUGAAAUGGACCCAAAAUCGUUGUCAGGCCCUGAGUUUUUUGACUUCUCCUCGGGAUCAUCGCAUGCUGAAAGCAUUCUCCAGAUCUUCAAUGAAUUCCGAGACAGCCGGUUGUUCACAGAUGUCAUUAUCUGUGUGGAAGGACGGGAGUUUCCCUGCCAUCGAGCGGUUCUCUCAGCCUGCAGCAGCUACUUCAGAGCGAUGUUUUGCAACGAUCAUAGAGAAAGCAGAGAGAUGUUGGUGGAGAUCAACGGCAUUUUAGCCGAAGCCAUGGAUUGCUUUCUGCAGUAUGUGUACACUGGCAAGGUGAAAAUCACCACAGAGAACGUGCAGUAUCUCUUUGAAACAUCCAGCCUCUUUCAGAUUAGUGUUUUACGUGAUGCCUGUGCCAAGUUCCUGGAGGAGCAGCUGGAUCCCUGUAACUGCCUGGGAAUCCAGCGCUUUGCCGAUACGCACUCGCUCAAGACACUGUUCACCAAGUGCAGGAACUUCGCGCUGCAGACAUUUGAAGACGUGUCCCAGCAUGAAGAGUUCCUUGAGCUGGGGAAAGAUGAGCUUAUUGAUUACAUUUGCAGUGAUGAACUGGUGAUCACUAAGGAAGAGAUGGUGUUUGAAGCUGUCAUGCGCUGGGUGUACCGGGCAGUUGAGUUGCGAAGACCAGUGUUGCAUGAGCUGCUGACACAUGUCAGGCUCCCACUACUACACCCAAACUACUUUGUUCAGACUGUAGAGGUGGACCAGCUGAUUCAAAACUCCCCUGAGUGCUAUCAGCUGCUGCACGAAGCCCGGCGGUACCAUAUCCUUGGAAAUGAGAUGAUGUCUCCCAGGACUAGGCCACGCAGAUCAACUGGUUAUUCAGAGGUGAUAGUUGUUGUUGGAGGCUGUGAACGAGUUGGAGGCUUUAACCUGCCAUAUACUGAGUGCUACGAUCCUGUAACAGGAGAGUGGAAGUCGCUGGCUAAACUUCCAGAGUUUACCAAGUCCGAGUAUGCAGUGUGUGCCCUACGGAAUGAUAUUCUUGUUUCAGGCGGAAGAAUCAAUAGUCGGGAUGUUUGGAUUUAUAACUCUCAGCUUAACAUUUGGAUCAGAGUUGCCUCCUUAAAUAAAGGCAGAUGGCGUCAUAAAAUGGCUGUGCUUCUUGGUAAAGUAUAUGUUGUUGGAGGAUAUGAUGGGCAAAACCGCCUCAGCAGCGUGGAGUGUUACGAUUCAUUUUCCAAUCGAUGGACAGAGGUGGCUCCCCUUAAAGAAGCUGUGAGCUCUCCAGCAGUCACAAGCUGUGUUGGCAAACUGUUUGUGAUCGGGGGUGGUCCUGAUGACAACACGUGCUCUGACAAGGUUCAGUCUUACGAUCCCGAUACUAAUUCUUGGUUGCUCCGUGCAACUAUCCCUAUUGCGAAAAGGUGCAUUACAGCUGUGUCAUUAAACAAUCUGAUCUAUGUUGCUGGUGGUCUUACCAAGGCAAUAUACUGCUAUGAUCCGGUUGAAGACUACUGGAUACAUGUACAGAAUACAUUCAGCAGACAGGAGAAUUGUGGCAUGUCUGUGUGUAAUGGAAAAAUCUAUAUCCUUGGUGGAAGACGAGAAAAUGGUGAAGCCACAGACACUAUUCUUUGCUAUGAUCCUGCAACAGGCAUUAUCACAGGAGUAGCAGCUAUGCCCAGGCCAGUAUCGUAUCACGGCUGUGUGACGAUUCAUAGAUAUAAUGAAAAAGGCUUUAAACUGUAAUUUUUUUUUCUUGGGGGGGAGGAGGAAAUGGCAGGAUUGAAUCCAAUGGUCUGCUGCAAGACGGGUUUUUAAAUCCUGAAGUGGGAAAAUGCCCUUUCCUAAGUGUCAUGAAAAUUGUAUCCUGUGCCUUUAAAAAAAAAAAAAAAGCAGGGGUUAAUUUAAAUUAAAACUAGUCUACAAAUCUGUAUAGUUACCAGAGUAUGUUGUACUAGUGAUCAGAGAGGUUGCCCUAUGUGUGUUAAGUAGUUAAAAUCUUGAAAGCUUUUUGGGAAAGUGCCUUCACAAGCACUUGUGCCUGUGUCCUAAGAAGCAAUACCUACAAGGUUUCAGGUUCUGCUAAUUGAAAAAAUAUGUAGCAAAUAAAUUUUCAAAGUAUCUAGUAAUAAUUACAGUUAAGAAAAAGCUUGUCUAAUUACAUAUGCAAAGCAUUCUUACAAGCAGAUUAUUUGGCUUAACCAAAUAGAUUUUAAGAUCAUGCAUGAUUUGGGAUUUAAAUAAAAAGGGGGGAGGGGGCGGAGGGAUGAUUUGAGCUACAUAGGACAAAUAUUAGAAUACUUGAGAAAUGCUUUUCUCUGAAGGAGAUCAGUGACAUCUUGGUGGUUUUGUGAGCCACUGCAACAUACUACAGUGCUGAUUGCAUACCUUAACACUAUGGACCUUAUUCAUAGUGUUACUAAAUGCUUGUCAGAAGUACAAGGUUACAUGACAUGGAAAACUAGCGACUACUGGGGUGCAGGUAUGCAUCUGUGAAGCAGAUUUGGAAUCCUGGUUUUUAACUUCCUGAAUAAUAUGACUAAAGCCUGGAAGUUGCUGGGUUUGUUCUCUGCUCAAUGUGAAGCAUCUCUAAACUACUCAAGGAAUAAAGGAAAGAACUUUGAAUUCUACCGCUUUUCUGAAUUGCAUUAUAAAUUACCUGGUAGAAGAGGUAGGAACUCAGGUUGUACCCUACAGCUUACAAAUUGGUCUUCCAGAUCUGUCAUUUGCAGAGAUGGUGGAGUUACCCACCAAGUAUUUUCUGGCCUUCCUUCAGACAAUCACUCAAUUUGACUACUGUAUAAGCUGCUUGGCCACAGAUGGAAGAGGUCCUGGAAAGGUCCCUUGUGUCACUAGAAAAAGAGCUGUGGAGCUGACCACAUAGCCAUGUGAGGGUAACUCCCACAAAACAUGUUUGGCUAAUUUUGAAGCCUAGAAAGUGCCUGUAUUUCAACCCAGAUUUUUUUUGUAGUAAAGGUAUUUCUUUAAUCUUUAAAGUCCUCCUUAUAUUUGUGUACUCUGUCUCAUAGUUCCAGUAUAGUUAUACAACUGAGGCACAAAUUCUUGAGAACUGAGAUAGCACUUGAGAGUUGGAAAAUGUAUAGUACUUUCUAUGUACCAGUUUGCUAUUAAUCACCAAAAAACUCAGGAACUCCCUUUCAAAUGAAUUCUGAGGACAGCAGCCAGUAGGGAAAUUGGUCAGUGCCAGGGCAGAGAAAAACGUAAGGCUCCUGCAGAAGCACCCUGGCCUCAGGGUUCUGGUCUACAUGCUUGCUCAGGAGGGUGAAAACAAGCACCAUCUCUGGAACGUCGUUUGUUCCUCUGGACUCUCUUCACCAUCUGUUUUCCCAGAGUAUUUCUUCAUGAGAUGGAAAUUCUGACCCUCAGUGAAGCUAUGCCAAAUUGGGAGUCGUCAUUUUCAGUAACAUAUGGUCGUGACUUUUAAAGAGCACUAGGAGCUGCACUUUUGUGAUGCAUUAACUUGUAACCUCAGGAAAGGACGAAAAUAACAGUUUUGGGCUGAAUACCAAACGCUGCUUUGUAUAUGUUAAGAAUAUUGAUAAAAUCUCUGCAUGUCAGUGAUGUAAUUAGGAAAUGGGUCCCUGAGAACACAUUCACAAUGCCCUGAAUAGGAAGCCAUUUGGUAACAUAAGACUUAAAUUUAAUCCUUUUCUAAGUUUCUUGUGCCUGCUUGCCAAGUGUUACUUUGAAAAGGUUAUUUCAGUACCUGUGAAUAAGGUCCAUCAAUAGCAAUAGUAAUUGCCCAAUUAAUGAUGUUAUAUACUAACACUGUAUAGUUUGUGCUAUUGUUGUAAAUGACAAUGUAAAAAAUGAUAGGAGCACUUCAUUAGAGAUGCGGUUUGAAAAGUAUUCUCCCUUCCUUUGAUUUCCUUCUCGUUUGUAUUAAGAUGUGUGAUGUUGAUUGUCAUGCUAAACUGUUUUUAAACAUUCUUGAUUCAGUGUCAUUUAAUGUAUAGGUAUCUCUUAACCUGGUUAUAAUACUGCACUAUGUAAAUACAGCUUUUUCUGGUUUUGAAAAUACAGCUAUAAACUGAAAUUUCUUAAUUAUGUACUGCUACCUAUUUUUGAAAAUGAAAGUGUUUAAUGAACCAGUAAAUGCAGAAAUGUAAAGAGAAGCUUUCCUCUACAGCUACAGUUCUUGAACCUGUACUCAGUGCUGAACAGUUAGGCGUGGAGUAUUGCUGAAAGGGCAGUUACUCAUACUAUGAUUUCCUCAAAACAAACAAACAAGUCUUUUGGUUUGAAUCUGUAAGUAAUUUUCACUUGUAACCUGCUCUGUUUAGAACAGUAUUUUUAGAUGUACUAGAAUUGAACAAUUCAACUUUGGUUUAAUGAAAAUGUACUGCUUUCCUAGAAGGAUGCUUUAUUCAGGAAAUUGCUUUCCUGAGUCACCUGUUCUCUGAUGCAUUUCAUUUAGGUGUAGAUGGAUUCAAAGAUUAAAACUCUGACUUUUCUAGCUGAUAGUUUGUGGUUGAGCAGUAAGUUGUGUUGUUUGCAUGUUUUGUUGUUUUCCUCUCAGCCAGGAGUGAAAACUGAAUGUCUUUCAGUAUAAUCAAGACUUUCAUCAUGCAUGGUAACAGGUUGGCACCAAAGCAGGGCCACCUGUUUAAGAUGUAAUUUGAGCUUAACCAUGCACAAGAAGAGGGGAUCAGGUGUCUCCAAAGUCACACCUAGAACAAAAAUCAAGAGUUGGCUAGUAUCUCACUCCACUAAACAGAUAAAUGUUAUGUGUUUCACUCUUAAAAAGAAACCAGAGUGAAUGUUUUCCUUCUCCAUUUUGCUAUCCACUACUUCCUGCUUGAAACUUCAUGAGGCAUCCUUCUAUUCUUAGCAGUAUGAUGUUAACUGAGAAGAAAGGUGAUCUUGCCUUGUGGCCUGGGUUUGAGAAGGCUCUAUAUGGAAAGCUUGAGUAUUGUAUUGCAGCGUAGCCCAUGGCCACCUGCUUUUGGACAGCCUCUGCAUCCCUUUGUCUCGGUUGUCAAGCAUACAAUGCUGCCUGAUAAUAAUUUGGCUUAGCUGUAGGCUCCCCUCUUAGUACUGCCUAAAAAGGCAUAACUUGUGGCAUCUCUUCCAUUUGUACUGCUAGACAGUUAAUUUUACAGUAUGGGCCUCAUGUACAUUUUGUCAACUAAGCUCUGUGCUUUCCAGGCUAUAGCAGCAAGAAUCCAUAGUUGUUUGUUUUUAAUUAAUUACCCAUGCAAUUCUCAUUAAAGGCUGCUCAUUUCAUGGGUAUCUUUAAUGCAAAUGAUGCUGAUAUGGGCCUUUAUGAUAAUUCAUUCAAGCUUUAUAAAUGAGGUUUUUACCACUGCAAGACUCAGAGGCUGCUGACGCAGGAACUGGAGGUGCUCACUUUGACAGGCUCACAGAGGAAGCUUUGAUUACCUGUGCUUGAUGGUCACUUGUGCUUGAGAACAGGGGCACAGCUGGCUGCUCCAGCUUCUUCCUCAGAUAGCUGAGCUUACCACCUAUUUAUUACCACCUAUUGUAGAUGAGAGCUCAAUUUAUUCUGUGUUUGUUUUAUUUGAUGGGCAAGGACAAGAGAAAGCAGUCUCACUUGCUCUCAAUUUCCAAGCAAGGCACAGGGGUGUGCUGGAGCUGCGCCUUGUAGCAGGUAGGUAGAGCUGUGAACUUGCUCCAGCUCCACAGAGACCACAGAGUAGCUUGAGGGGAGGAUGACAGCAAGAGAAAACAAGGGAUUGUGCAUUUUCUAGGUUUGCUGAACCAAGACAUUUAGGAUGUUCAAAGACAUCUAGGAUGUUCAGCUUGCAAUUACAGAUGCUGGAACUCAGUUGGUAAAAAAUACCAUUUAUUGAGACUCCUAACUCAGAUAAAGAUGCAUACUUGGUCAAGGGCUUCUAGAGGCAAUGUUCAGGAAAUGUAAUGGUUCAUUUCUCCUACUUGCCUAACUGGACAAGUAUAUCUCUUAUUCCAUGCCUGAAGAUGGCAAAAACCAAUUCAAGAGCAUUAACGUGUGAUCACUGUGAGGCAACGUGAAUGUUUUUGUCUGAAUGUAGACCUGUGAAUACAAGAAAGUACAAAUCAAAUGUUUUGUUGUGCCUGGUUAAAAAAUCUGAUAUAUAAAGGUUCUAUAAAGUAGAAUCUUUUUCAGAUGAGAUUUUUAUGCAAAAAUUUGCUAUCUGAUCGGGGGCCAAACAGUGAUUUUUUUUAUUUAUGUAUCUAGUAUACAAGUUUCCACAAGUUCCAUGAUUUCAUAUGGCAUUAAUAAAUAUCCAUCUCACUGUCGUUCAGUUUAUCAUGGUCAUGUCAGUGCUGCGAGUGUUACCACAAAACAGUAAGCAGCCUCAUCCUGGCCCCAAACCAGAUGCACCAUGUCCUUGUGUCAGCUUCUUCCAUAACUAAUGCUAUGCAUAAAUUUGUUACUCAAAGUAUAUAGCCCUCAUAAAAUUACUGAGAACUCUACAGGAACUUUUUUCUACUGAAAUGCUCCAGUCUAUACUCCUGUUUAUGUGCACAUCCAUGUGUGAAUAGUUUCUUGAUCAUUUUAUGAUAAUACUGUUCUGAGUAAGGCAUAUAAAAAGGCCCCUUGUACAGCGUGUUGAUAAUGUAAUUAUGGCUUCCUUUGUGUCAUUAGUUCCAAAGAAAAUAGCGCGUUAAUAUUGAAAAAUUAUUUGUGCCUUGAAUUCACUUACAUUUUUAUCUGUUGUGAAAAAGAGUUUGGAUUAUUCUUCCUGUUUAUUAGGAUCGGUCUUACUAUCUGGACUGUUGAUGUCCUUCCAAGAGAAAUAGAACGGUUAAACCUGUUGCUUAGAUUGCACCUAGAAUGCUUUCAUUAUUGCAGUGCUAUGGCAGACUGAAUCUAGGGAAAUUUCUUUUUUUUCUCUUUGCUGUUUUCAGCACUCCUUAGUGACAAGAUUCGAGUUCAGUCUUUGAUUUCCUGUCCUUAAUAUGUACAGUUCUCUGUUUCUGAACAUGCUGACUUGUCAGUUGUGAGCAUCUUGUUCAAUAUACACCAUACAAAGCAGUAAUAUGAUGCAGCACAGCAAUAAGCGAAAUCAAGAGACUUGAAUGUAAUAUACUAUUACUAAUUUCAUUUAUGUAAAUGCUAGACCUAUGUGGGUCGUUCCCUUUUUGGUGUACCUGUAGCACUUUGGAUGAAUAGGAACUACUUGGCCAUGGAAAGAAAGUUUACCUCCUGAACUUUUAUCCAGAUGCUAUUUUUCUCUUCACUUGAAAUCAUGCUUCGAUUUGACUGAAGAAAACAGCAGUUCGUGUUUUUCCUUGCCAGUUUCUUUAUUAACUGAAACGGGAAAGGUUUAAGCUCUGCUGGGAGCUGAUCUCGCCUUCAAGGACGAUCUGGUGCAGCACAGAUUACACCUGGAGAAGCGGCGCAGACGGCUCGGUGCGAGUCAUGGCGCAUACGUCUCCAGGUUGUGCUGACAGCAGGAGCGCGACUUUGUCAUGUAGUGCAAUCGCAAUAACAUUUACCUGUUACGUUUAAAUGUAUUUCUUGCAUAAUUCUUUGAAAGUUGUGUUGUAUUUUUUUUUUAAGUUCAAUGUACCUAAUAAACAGUUGCCUUUUGAAUA